UUAGAAAUCAUUGACAGUUUCGUCUGUACGAAAGAAAGUAAAAUCAUUAUCUCAAUCAUGUUGCAAAUUUUACGUAUUAGUAUUUCUUCUGGAACGAUAAUAUCCUCUGUUGUGGCUACAUUUAACCACCUUUCCGGCUGUAUAUGGAAGAAGUAAGUGGGUGUCUACUGAACCAUGGAUAAUUUGACUCCUGAAGACGAAGAUUUUCCUGGCAGGCUGUUACACCAGGCAGCAUUAUGGGAUAAUGCCGAAUUGUUGGAAGAUUUAUUGCGUGGAGAACAGGUUGCACACAUCAACAGUCAAGAUUCUUGGGGUCGAACUCCUCUUCACGCAGCAGCAACUACAGAUAAUUCCCGCUGCUUGAGUGUUUUGUUAAAUGCUGGUGCUGAUCCAAAUAUUGCCUGUGGAAUAAGAGGUGAAAAUAAGGUCCCUCUGCAUAUCAGUGCUGAGCAUGGAUAUGUCAAUAAUAUUAAACAUCUCCUAGCACAUGGCGCAGAUGUGGUGGCAACAGACAGCAGUGGCCUAACAGCCCUGGAUAUUGCUGAGAAAUGUGAACAUACAGAAUGUAUGGAAGUACUGAAAAGGGCAGCUGAUGUUAAAGAGACAGAGAGACAAAAUUCUCAUCAAACAUUACGUGAAGCAUGUCUGAAUGGUGAUGUAGCUCUUGUGAAAUCUAUACUACAACAACUGGGAUCUGAUGCAGAGCUUGUAGUUAACAUGGCACCUAAUGGAUCCAACACACUUCUAUUCACGGCAUGUGAAUCUGGGCGGAAAGAAAUUGCAAAGGUACUACUCGAAUAUGAUGCUGAUGGAAGAAUGCAUCCUGUAACAAAAUACUCGCCGUUGUAUAUUGCAUGCUAUAGUGGGAAAAAGGACAUUGUUGAAAUGCUACUGAAGAAAUUCCCAGAGCUGGUCAAACAAUAUACAGUGGAAAGAUGGCUGCCUCUACAUGCAUGCUGCAUUAAUGGGCAUACACAUGUCAUGGAACUUCUACUUAAAUACCAGUAUCCCCCACACAUAAUGCAAAAAUUCAGGGAUCACACUGGUGAAUGGGAAUAUGAGAUGCCUUUCGACAUUAAUAUGCGUGAUGUAACAGGCCAAAAUGUGUUGUAUGUUGCUUCACUUCUUGGAAACUACAAAAUGGUUGAUCUCCUACUGAAAUUUAGAGUCAAAGCAUACCGCGUAAAGAAAGAUGAUGAGAAUGAUCCUGGCAGAGGUGGAGAGAUUGUUAGCCCAACAAGGAGGCGUAUUUCUGAUGGAAUUCAAUCAAUCAUGGCUCGUCUUAAUCUCAGUCGGGCUGGAGAAAAUCAAGGUCAAGCUGCCAAAAAUGACUGCAUGCUAAGUCCUUUACAACUAAAUAUAUACUGCAGCAACAACAGUGAAACAGCUCUUCAUGUUGCUGUAAGAGGAAAGCAUUAUGAAGUAGCCAGUGCCUUACUACUUUGUGGAGCUGAUCCAAAUUUGUGUCUCAGUGCCUUUAGGAUGCUAUUUUUGCAGGUAUCGUCACCUGACACUGAAGACGUUGGUACUAUUAGCAGUUCCACUGCACUUGUUGAGGCAUGCAAGAAUCGAGAUAUCGGCAUGACAGAUCUUCUUCUAAGGCAUGGAGCCCGUGAUGAUGAUUGCAAGGCACUUCGUGUGGCUACACAAAAUCGUGAUGACAUUCUUACUGCCAAACUGCUAUCAACAAAGGCAUAUCCUGAUCCCGAAUACAGACUGAAUAAAGCAGCCAUGACAGAAGAUGGAAUUGGUUCAGUGUCACAUUUAGGUCUCAGCAGCUUAACAUACAGCUCACUCUUUCCAAAUACAGCUGUAAUGAUAAACUGGCACAACCAACAAUGUGAUCUCGCACAGCUACGAAAACAGUGGUUGGUUGAUGCAGCUCUGAAUGUCAAUCCCAAGCUUAAAUUAAAUCCAAAGAAUCAAGAUAUUGUUCUCUAUGCAAUCACAAGGAUAGACUUGUCAAAAAAUUCACUUACUUGGUUACCUCUAGUCAUUUUUCAACUUCAUAGCCUCAGGUACUUGAAUGUUGCUCAGAACAAAAUUGAAAGACUACCAUGCCCAAAUGAAGCAGGUUCACUUUCUCCAACACGAGGAGGAGGAAACAAGAAUAAUAAGUUUAGAAAAACUGGAUAUACUGCACCGGUAUUGGAGGAAGUCUAUUUACAGGAUAAUCGACUGGAAGUUAUUAGUGAUGACAUUUUCAAAUUGUCAUCUCUUGUGACGUUGGAUAUUUCAAAUAACAAAUUGCAAGAGCUACCAUAUGCUGUGUGGAGAGCUCCAAAAUUGAAAGAACUGAACGCCGCAUUUAACCUGCUGAAAGAACUUCCUAUAUCUCCACCAGAGGAGCAUACUGAAGCCCAGAGUCCUGUGCAUAGUGAUGGUACAAAAUCAGCUGGUGUAGCUGAUUAUGGUGACCAUUCAGAAUCGACCAGUUGCUCAGAAAUUUCAGAAGACUUGAACCUUAGCAGUGAAGAUCAUCUCCUUGAUGCGCAAACUUUCCACUCAACAUUCAUGAAAACCAAAACUGUCGAACAUUUGGAUGUUUCUCAUCACAACAUAUGGAGUCGCAGUGUGGAGGUGACUGAGCAGAUCAUGCACACAGAUGAAGAACAUGACGAGAAUUGCUCAAAGCUCUCAGCUUUAAAUUUGGCACAUAAUUUAUUCACUGGUGUACCAAUAGCACUGCCUUGUUUGGCUGUAAAUUUGACAAGACUGAACCUUAGCUAUAAUAGCCUCCGUAGUAUGAGCCACAUCACAUCGUAUCCAAGUUCACUUAAGCAGUUAGAUGUGUCACACAACCAAAUAUGUUGCUGGCCAAGUUUACCACAGAUUGAUGGUGUUGAUGGUAGUGAGCAUUCAGUAACUGCCUGUUACUCUCUGGUAGAUGCUGGUAUGAAAGGAAGUCGACGAUCAUUAAGAAGUACCAUCUUGAAUUAUGUUUGCACACACAGGCGACAUCUUCGACUUGACAACCUCCGCACACUUAUACUCUCUGACAACAACCUUAGCCGUAUACAGUUAUCAACAGAUGAUGAUGGGGGAAGUUCUGUAUCUGAAGAAGAUGAAACUGAUUGGGACCUGUUAAAUUCUCCUGCCAGUUCAAAGAAUCGACUUAUGUUUCCAAAUUUGAGUAUGUUGGAUAUUAGCAACAAUCAGCUCCGUGAAAUACCUCAAAACAUCCAUGAACUGAGUAACUUAUCUGUUUUAAACGUCAGUGGAAAUCCAGAUAUCUGUGAACUCCCACCCCAGAUGGGUCUGUUAUCCAGACUAUGGAAUCUGAAUACACGUGGAUGCAGUCUUCAGGAACCACUUAAAUCUAUGAUUGAUUCCAAGAAAUAUAAAACAAUGGAUGUAAUUGGUUACUUGAAAUCAGUACUUGAAGAUGCAAGACCAUAUGCACGAAUGAAGUUAAUGAUUGUUGGUGUCCAAGGAAUUGGAAAAACUUCUCUUUUGGAGCAGUUGCGGCAGGAGGGAACUGGUUCAUACAAAAAGAAGCCUGUUGAGCACUGGGCAAAAAGGAUGGGCAAUAAAAAUAUAAAUGUGAAAACUGCAAGAGGAUGUAACAUGUCAACAGUUGGUGUAGACAUUGGAGACUGGAUUUAUGAGAAGAAAAUAAGAGGGCAGUCAUCUUAUGGACCAGUUGUUUUCAGAACAUGGGACUUUGGAGGUCAAAGGGAAUAUUAUGCUACACAUCAGUAUUUCCUGUCCAAAAGAAGUUUGUAUCUUGUUGUGUGGAGAAUCCCUGAUGGACAGAAGGGCAUUAACGAGAUUUUACAGUGGCUGGUGAACAUACAGGCUAGAGCACCAAACUCGCCUGUCUUAAUUAUUGGUACACACUAUGAUCUCAUGAGAGAACAGUAUCCAGCAUCAACAUCAGAAGAACUUCAGCAGAUAAUAAGGGAUAAGUUUAUCAACAUAGUAGAUGCUGAAAAGUGUGGCCUUCCAAGAGUACUUGACACAAUAGAAGUCAGCUGUAAGACACGCCACAACAUUAGACUUCUUUGCAAUCUGGUUUAUGACACAGUUUUCAGUCUGAGGUCACCAGGAAGUAAGGAGUUACUUUUGGAACAACGUGUGCCAGCAAGUUACUUGGCCUUGGAAGAUGUUGUCACACAUCUGGCAGCUGAGAGACGACAGACUGGUGUGGACCCUGUCCUGAAUGCCGAGCAGUACCGCGCUGUUGUAACAGCAGAAAUGCAGUACCGAUACCAGAGAACUUUCCGUGAUGCAGCUGAACUACACCAAGCAACACUGUUCCUACAUGAUAAUGGUGUUCUCCUCCACUAUGAUGAUGCUACGUUGAAAGAUUUGUAUUUUCUGGACCCACAGUGGUUAUGUGAUAUGCUAGCACAUGUUGUGACUAUUCGUGAAAUUAACCCAUUUGCUCGUACUGGCGUGAUGAAAUUAGAUGAUCUGAAACAUGUCUUUAAGUCAUCAAACAUUGGGCCAGUGGACACCCGUGGAUACAUUGUGAAUUUGCUGAACAAGUUUGAAGUAGCACUAACAUGGGACAACAGAACACUACUCAUCCCAUCAUUGCUUCCCUCAGAAGAAAGUUUAAAAAGCAGUCAUGUUCAGAUAGUCAGGGUAAAGAUUCCAGUUCGGUCCCGUGGGUGGGCAGUUCGAACCAAGAAAAUGGCUAUAUCGAGUGCUUCUACACUUGUUGGAAAUUCAUCUUUCUAUACACAGAGUCCAGAAAAAUUUCGCUUGCAAAAACCUCAUAGCUCCCCAGGUGCAUUUAGGAUAUCAGGACCAACUGCACCAGAAGAAGGAAUGGAUGUCUCAGCAGCAAUGCAAUGUGAAAUCACACACCGGUCUGACCCUGAAUGUUCCAUUCGGCGUUUGCUCUUGAUGUCAUAUUUUCCAAGUGGUUUUUGGUCCAGACUUAUCACACGAAUUUUAGCAGAUGAUGCUAUUGUAGAUAUUGUCAGGUCAUUUUUCAUUAUGCCAAAGGAGGUUGUUCAAGACGCAAAGUUGGCCCAUGUUCUUGAUGUCAGAGCUGAGUGGAUUUUGUGGCAAACUGGAAUGGAACUUCAGUAUGCUGAUACAGUUCUGUUUCGAAUGAAGGAAGUUCUCCCUUCAAUGAGAAACUCUCCAAUAGACUACAGGCAACUGAGGUUUCGUCUAAAACAGGAGGAAGCUUGGACUGAUGUUGAUCUAAUAAAUUCUUCUAUACUUGAAAUAUAUUUUCCUGUAGAUACAAUUGUUAUAAAGAGACCUAUCACAGAUGAAUAUGCUGAAGGAGAACCUAUAGGUUAUCAGGCAAUUGUUCUGGACCCUAGUCCAGAAUGCACUGCAAAACUCCUAGCAUUAGCUGUGGAUCAUAUUGAUAUCUUACUAGAGGACUGGUACCCCACUCUCGGAACCAGGUUUGUGCACACCUCAGAAGGAAAAUUCCUGGUUACAAGAUUAGUACCUUGUCCGAGGUGUCUCGCAUCUUUGGGAGACAUGGAUCCUAUGCAGCGUAUGGAGAGCUGGCACAGUCAUGAUCCUAAUAACUUAGGAGUAGGUCCAAGAAGCUUGGCAGAGGCACUCCAUCAGGCUGAGAGGGAUCGCCAAUAUGGACCACAAGUACGGAAGUCACAAGAAAGUUACACGUCAGAUGUUGAUAGUGGUGUUGGUCCUGAUAGCACUGGCUCCAGCCGCAAGCCAUCUGUUGAAGGUCACCCGGGAAUUUGUGGAGAAGAAAGUUCACAUUUACAAGAAGAAGUUGAGUCACCACCACAGUAUAGUUGGAUAGUUGAAGAAUGUAUCUUAGCUGCAUAUGACAAGAAAAGUGUGACGUGCCCCACACAUGGUGAUAUACCUCUCGCCCAAGUAGCACCAGACACAGUGUUUUUAGACUUAGGAGAAAGAUACCUUAUAAGACCGGGAAACAUCAAGAAAGGUCGCUUAUUGGGAAGAGGAGCAUUUGGCUUUGUAUUCAGAGGAUCAUGCAAAGUACGAGGUUCCAACAAUUACAUUGAUGUUGCCAUGAAAAUGUUGCAGCCUGUUCAGCCUGGUCCAAAUGCCAGGCAAUCUGCAGUAAUUGCUUUCAAGGCAGCCCAAGGAAAAUGGGAUCGCGAUCCUUUACAGUAUGCAUGUAAGGCAUACUGUACAGCACGUCAAGAGCUCAACAUUCUUCUGAAUUUGCGGCAUCCAAAUAUAGUGCCACUAGUGGGUGUCUGCCCACGACCACUCGCCCUUGUGCUGGAUCUUGCACCCCAAGGAGCACUGGAUGCCACCUUGAGACACUACAGACGCUCUGGUGCUCGCAUUGGUGCUUAUGCACUACAGGCCAUUAUCUUGCAGGCAGCAAAGGCAAUAGAAUACCUCCAUCAACAGCACAUUAUUUAUCGUGAUUUGAAGUCGGAGAAUGUUUUAGUGUGGGAAAUGCCACCACCAUUUCAUGACGAAGCUGACAACUGUGUUCAUAUAAAACUAGCUGAUUAUGGAAUUAGUCGGUUGACAUUACCCUCUGGAACAAAAGGUUUUGGUGGAACAGAAGGGUUCAUGGCUCCAGAAAUUAUGCGUUAUAAUGGUGAAGAAGAGUAUACAGAAAAAGUUGACUGCUUUUCGUUUGGAAUGUUUAUUUAUGAGCUGUUGACCCUUCAUCAGCCUUUUGAGGGACAUGAAUCUGUAAAAGAGUGCAUACUAGAGGGAGGAAGACCACCACUGACUUACAGGGAAACACUUUAUCCAAGCUUUAUACUUGAUCUGAUGGUGCUUUGUUGGUCUCAGUCUCCAAGAGAUAGACCAUCUGCUAGCCAGAUUGUGUCAAUAGCAUCUGCACCUGAAUUCACACACCUUGGAGAUACUGUGUCCCUAAGUCACACUGCUCCAGUUGUUGCCACAACAGUUGUCAACAUGCCACAGUCUGCAGAAGGAACUGUCAAUGGUUCUGAACUAUGGUUGGCAUGCUCCAAUGCCAGGGUGGAUCUACUGCUGGCUAGUAGCCGUGGCUGGCUGCAGUACUGCAGCCUUUCUCUGCCUAAAAAGCCAACAGCAGCAUGCACAGUCAAUGGCAAUGUUUGGCUUGGUGAUAGCAUUGGCCAAAUACAUGCAUAUGUGGGGAGUGACUGUUGCAAGCUCUUCAGUUAUGCACUUGACCCAGAUGCACCAAAACCAGCAGCUGUCUGCAGCCUGGUACCUCUUCCAGAACUCCAAAGGGUCGCUAUUGGACUUAGCAAUGGCAGGCUAUUUCUGGUUCGCAGUGAUAUGUUGCCUACAUCUCCCACUAUGGGAGAAGGAAGCUUUGUUAUGACUGAGUUGGGAAGCAGCACAGCAUUACAUUCAGUUACUGCUGUUUUUAGGGAUAAUGGCAUAGAGUGUGAACUGUGGUGUGGAGAAUCUCAAGGAAGUAUUUCAAUAUACACAAUCCGAGACAAUAUUGUAAUGGCCCACAAAAUUAUAAACCAUUAUGAACCUGUGAUUGAAAAUGUUAAUGUAUUAAAUCUUAUUUCUACCCAUGUUCCAAUAUAUUAUGACAAUGAAGAAGUUGUUGUUUGCUCUUACGUGUACCCAGGGUGUGUUGUAUAUCAAUGGGAAACAGCAACUCACACCAUUGUCAAUAAACUGGACUGUUCUAAGCUGGUUCCUUGCUCCGAAAGUUUGAAAUCUAUCAGUAUUGAGGAACACCUGAGCCCAGGAAAGUGUCAGGUAACAAGUUUAGCCAUAUUAAACAGUGAGUUGUACAUUGGUACAACAUGGGGAUGUAUUGUUGUCGCAGAACUAUCAACAAUGCGCCCAAUUACCGUGUUUCGGCCUUACGAGGAAGAAGUGAGAGCCAUCAUACCUUUAGUGAGACUUUCUGCUGAUAUUACUGGUUUCAGAAAUACAACAGAGGACUGCAAUACUGGAAAAAUUUCAUAUCCACUGGUUGCUUCAGUAGGGAAAGGUUACCGCAGCUUAAUUUCACGAUACACUGAUACUGUUGUCACACCUUCAAUACAGAGUCCUACAAGUGUACCUGCCGAUGCACGUAACCAAAAUAUGUAUAUAAUUCUGUGGCGAACAGAAAAUUGGGCAGCUGCUUAGAAUCUCUUAUUGUCAUUUCUUGGGGUAUAUUUCGGUUACCUCAUAACUAUAGCACAAAUUAAUGACCUCACCUGCUCAGAGUGAAAAAUCAAGUGAUCUUGAAGUAAUCAUAUAGUGAAAUUCAUUGACUCGCAGACAUUGAGUUUCUUUUCUUAUUCUCAUCAGUAAAAAUAAAUGGAUUUAUUAAUAAGAAAUGAUUGUGCACUGAAAUCUUCAGUUGAUAUUAUUGUGCCAGUGCCUCGCUUGACUGCUUGCCUUAUACUUGUGAUUUUUUGAGGAAAAAAAUGUAGUAAUGGUGUGAAAAGUUAAUUUAUUUUUGUUUGUUUAAAUGUUCAGAUGCAGAUUCCUUGUAUUUAAGUUCUGCUGCUUUGCAGCAUUAAUACUCAUCAGGUACCGCAACUAAUUGGUUGUCAGUGCAUAGAAAGGAGAAAUGGGAAGUUCUCUCACUGCUCACCAUUUUCUGGGUUCAGUAUACUUAUCGUAAUACUUCUCCAGGUAUUUGAAUAUAUUUUCAUAACUGCAUAUUUUUCACUUAUGAAAUAAUUCAGCAACAGUUUCAGUUUGUUCUGGAACACAAGCAUUCAACAAUAUGAGUCUUACUUUGUUUCUAGUGUACUUGUCUGAAAAUUGCCAUGCAUAUACAAUUGUAUGAAAACUGACUAUAUCUGCCCUGCUUGAACAAAUGAGAAGUAUACAUAUGUGUAAAUAUUAAAAAAUUAUUUUUUUAACUUUUCUCAGAAUGUUAGACAGAAUUGCAGGAAUCUCGUCAAACUAUUAGUUAAAUUUCUUUUAUGACAUUCAGUUCAUUCAGGCUUUUAACACAAAGCAUAUUUUAACAUUGCAGAAAACUGCAAAGCCAUACUAUUUGGUACACUACUUGUGAUACUCUAUAUCGUUUAUCAUCUGAUUAUAUCCUUCAGCCGCCCCAGAAUGGUGGAACUGUUACAGUGAAACAUAAUGAUUGCAGUCUUCCCGUUUUCUGACAAGCAGAUAAUGUAAAUGUAAAUUAAAAAUUAAUACGGUCAUUGAAAAGGAAGGUGGGGAUAGUGCAGCUUGGUACAUGACGUGAACACCUGUCUGCAACAAUUUCCCAAAGUUGUAUAAUUCUGGUUUUUACUUUCGUUGUGAGAUCAGUUAUUAAAUUUCAUAUAUGCCUUCUGCAACAUCCUCUGCUUGUCUGCAACAUCCUCUGCACAUUUGAAACAGGUUGUAUGCUUUUUAAAGCAGGAAUCUUCUGACUUUGGUGAGGACUUCCUGGAAAGUAACUUCUGUUAUGCUAAAGCAAAUUUAGCAGAAAAAUCUUGAAAACUUCAUCUUCUGUGCAUAAAAUUCUUUCACUUAAGAUUUCUGGAACACAACAAGUACAGAACUUGCAGUACCCGAAAUAUUUAGCACAACUUCAUGUAAAACACUUCAAGAACUCUGUGGAAAGUGCUUUAACAUUUUGGAUAUUGUGAAAUUUGUUCACAAAGUUUUGUCAAUUUUUUUGUACCAGUUUAUUGUUACUUACAAGUGGACAGUCACUUCCAUUGUCAUCGUCAUCGUCACCUGUUUCAUCAUAUUCAGUCCACUUAUGGCACAAAUUUUGCAAUAAACAUCAGCAGCUUUCAGAUUUUUUGUUACUAAAAAUCAAAUUUCUUAUUUGACAAGAUGUUCAGUUAUAAAAAUGAGCUUGAAAUGCUCAUUUUGAAUGGCUACUGUAAGCGAACAAAAAAAAAAUGUGGCUUUCUCAUUAUCUCAGCUCACUGGCCUACUGCUAUGCUACUUUUCAAUAAUAAGUACUGUUUGCCAUCUUAUUGCAUUUGUUUUAAUUAAAUUUUGUAUGAAGCACAUAUGAAAUAAAUACAAAACUGAAGGCUUAUGUAACAGACAUUUAACACUCAUCAGGCAGUUUCAUAAUUACUACAAAAUGUGAUAAGGAGUAGACGCACACAGAGUGCAUUAAAUAUCUCAACAUUCUGCACUCAUUAAAAUGGGUGACACUUUAGUUGUUAAUUUAGCACAUUUUGAAAUAAUAUUUCAGAAAUCACAGCUUGAUAGUUUCAGUAGCACAUCCUGAAAGGCAAUGUUAUUUUGUUACUGACUUCCUAAAGCUAUAGUUUGAAAGUAGCUACCAUAAAAUAACACCCUCUCUCUCUCAUUAGGAUGCAUCUGUAGAAUUUUUUUUGGUAGAGAAUUACUUGAGUUUACUGCCACUGACAUUUAAACUGUUUACAACAAAAAUACAUUAUUAUUUGUAGAGCUUUAAUUAUAUUGUUACUGUAUUCAUACAAUUUUUUGUUCAUGAUAGCUCAUUUAUAAUUAAGGCUUAGCAGUAGUAUUUGAAUCAAGUACCAAUGCAUAAUUUCUUAACACUAGGUUCCUUUAUCUUGAAUGGGGAAAAUAUUUUGAUAGCAUUUAAAUGAAAAGCUCCCCCCCCCCCCCCCCCCCAGAACAGAUUUCAAUGCAAGCAUUUCUAAAGACUCACCAUGUGUUGUUUACCUCAGCAGAGGAUUUUUACUGUCCAUUUGUAGCAAUUUUUAUGUGUUUUAAAAGUAUUAAUAUUUUCUUUAAAUGCUGUGAUACCUAUACAGCUGUAAAAAAAUAUGUUGGCCCAAAACUUCAGUCCUAUGGAAUAUACUAGAAAAGUUGACUUCACAGCUUUUUUAGAUUCUUGUGGUGUGAUGAUUACUGUGUUUGUAACAAUUUGAACAUUUUGUAUUUGUGUUAUAGACUUAAUUUAUAAGAGAAGCUUGAAGCAGUACUGUUGUUGUUGACAGUAAUCCUGCUGUAACAUUUGUAAGUCUGUAUAUGGUUGUGCAAAUUACUGAAGAAUUUCUAAAGUCUGUAUUUCUAGUCAUUUCAGUUACUCAGUGAAUCCUGUAAAUGUAAAGUAUUAAAAGCAGCACUCACAUCCAAAUAUAUGUUUAAAUGGAACAUAUUUUCAUAGCAUAGUGAUUGCACAUCUGUUUGUAAUACUUCAGAAAACUGUAUCAGAUAAGAGGAAAUAAUUUUAUAUGAAUUGUUUACAGAAAAAAAUGAGGAAGCAAUUUUUGAGAAAGUGGUUUCUUUGUUGUUGAUGUAAAGUGAUCUCAUUAUUUUACCUGUUGUAAACUGUUGUUAAUUAAUGUAAAUAAUGAUGUACAUAUUGUUUCUGCUUAUAGUAAGCAAUAAAUUGUUCAUGUUUCCAACUGUUGUUUACCUAUCAACACAAUCUUUAUUGAAGAAAAAUUUACACCAAUAUUUUUGAAGUAGCAGUGACCUUUCCUGAGUAACACUUCCUCUCCUAAUAUAAAUCUACAGAUAUAAAGUAAUGCAGACAUAGAGAGGUACUGGGGGAAGUACAACUGUGAGAGUGGAUCAUGAGUCAUUCUUGGAUAGUUUAUUCUGUAGAGCACUUGUCCAUGAAGGGGAAAGGUCACAGGUUCGACUCUUGGUUCACCAUAAGUUUUGAUCUGCCAGAAAGUUUCAAUGCAGAAGUAAUUCCCAUAAUUAUCAGUGUUUGUUGUUAGAACAUUUUAUAGCAGUAGCCUGCAGCAGCUGCUUUGCCUAUUAACAUAUAACUUAACUUUAUCCACAUUCCUUAGUUAUGCGAUUUAUAGAUGACGAUGUCUGAAUGAAUGCAGUCCAUUUUUCCGUACCAUAUGUGCUGACUGCAGAACUGAACUGUGGGAUGGAAGGUUGAUAGCUUGGUAGAGAAUAGGAUGGUAUGGUUCGUAAAGCAAAUACAGGAUAGUG